UGUUACCGUGUCGGUACCCCGACUCUAUGGCUGACAUACUGUCCAUAGACCCCCCCCUCCCUAUAUGGUAGGUACCUACCUCUAGGUCUACCUCCUCUGGUACCCGGCACUUCUUGCCUGGGUGUAAGAGGUACUCGGCUGGGCUGCCGACGUCAUGGCCCUGCCAAUCGAGACGUCUCGUCCUCGCUCUCUCUGGUUCCCUUCUAGCUGCAACCGGGACAGGCUGGGUGAGGAGGGUCGUCCAACUUUGCGUAGCAUUGUGUCAAGCUCCGUAUGAACUGUUCCCUGCCUUACCGCCCGCACCUCAGGUAAUAAGGCUUUCUUAUCUCCGGAGCUUCCAAUCCCGACCUCUCUCCUCCCUCAUCUCGCCCUCAUCACACCUCUGCACCUCGAGAACCCUCAUCCGCCUAGAGUCUCUCCGCGUGGCCACAGCAACAGUGCCAGAAUACUAGUAGCUAUAGCGUGUCUAGACGUAGACGGGAAUCUCUCGCCAUGGCCUACCUAUUCCCGAGCCAGCAUGUCCUCCAGCAUUCCCUUAGCUCGCCGUUGAAUCCGCGGCCGUUGAACUCGCGGGCCCGGGCCAGUCCCGCGACCGGGGCCACGCCGUAUCAGGCCCGCCCAGAACUCUACGGCGCCUACUCCAUCGUUGACGAUGCCAAGGGCAAAGCGCAGAAACUCGGUACCGGAGCUCGGCAGGGAUUUGAUAAAGUCAGCGAGGCAACGCAGGCCUCCUCGGGCACGUUGGAGCUGUACACCCCUACAUUCUAUGCGGCCGCCACCUUUGGUGGCCUUCUCGCCUGUGGGUUGACCCACACUGCUGUGACGCCUCUCGAUCUCGUAAAAUGCCGUCGCCAAGUCGACGCGAAGCUAUACAAGGGGAACUUCCAGGGCUGGGGGAUAAUUCUGCGGCAAGAGGGCUUGUCGGGUAUAUUCACAGGAUGGGGCCCCACGUUGUUUGGCUACUCGGCUCAGGGGGCCUUCAAGUACGGCUGGUACGAAUACUUUAAGAAGAAGUAUUCUGACGUCGUGGGCCCCGAAAACGCGUACCGGUACAAGACGGUGCUGUACCUGGCAGCCUCUGCCUCGGCCGAGGUCCUCGCCGACCUUGCCCUCUGUCCGUUCGAGGCCGUCAAGGUCCGUAUGCAGACGACAAUCCCACCCCCAUAUAAGGGUACCUUCGACGGCAUAAGGAAGAUCACGGCGUCCGAAGGCGUCGGCGGGUUAUACAAGGGUCUCUAUCCCCUCUGGGGCCGCCAAAUCCCUUACACCAUGAUGAAGUUUGCCUCUUUCGAGACCAUCGUGGAGAAGAUCUACGGUCGUCUACCCGGAAAGAAGGAUGAUUAUGGCAAGGCUGCCCAGACAGCCGUCUCCUUCACCGGUGGUUACCUGGCCGGCAUUCUCUGCGCGAUCGUGUCGCAUCCGGCCGACGUCCUCGUCAGCAAGCUGAAUGCCAACCGGCAGGUCGGCGAGGGCUUCGGAGCCGCCGUAGCCCGGAACUAUCGGGAUAUAGGGUUCGUGGGGUUGUGGAACGGCCUCCCCGUCAGAAUCGUCAUGAUCGGUACUCUUACCGGCCUCCAGUGGAUGAUUUACGACUAUUUCAAGAUGUUCAUGGGCUUCCCGACGACCGGAGGGGCCGCACCGCCUGAGAAGAAGUAAUAUGAACAGGUCGUGCUCGAGAAUAUGAAAGUUCGGUAUGUGUAAGAUGUGGACCGGGGGAAAUGAUUCAUCUAGCGGGGUGCUUUCCGAAUGGAUUUUGGCUGUUCGAGUACGGAUCCAUUAUAUGUAGGUAGUUAAAUGGAUUCAAGCUAAGAUCGGGUAUCAGGUCCUGGGCGCUGGACACUGGGGGCUGCAGUAGUAACCAUAGAAUCCACUCCCCUAUUUUUCAUCUUAGUAAGUUCCCGAUGGUAGUAGGCCCUCGAGCCCGCCCGUGGCGCGAGAAUAACCGCCCCCAUAUCGAAACCCUUCACCGGUCUACUAGCUGGGGGCGCAUUUCAGUCAUCUGCGUAUAGAAUAGCUGCACAUACGAUCCAACAAGCGAUCGCCCGGACCCUAUUGGUGGACUCGGAAGUCCUUGGUAGGGUCGGGUCCGUCAGUUCUCGCCUGGUGAGGAUGGAGACGUCCAUCGGAUUACUGCUAAUGCGUCCCGUAAGUUCGGACGUAAACGGAAACCCAAUUCCGGUUUUGGGGGGGCAGCAGAGCAGGGGCUCCUCCGUAUAAAAGGUCCUAGUUCGUUCGAGUAGCCGUUCG